AGAGGCGGCUCAGCACCGGCGCACGGACCGCGGAGGAUACGGCGCAGAAGAUGGCUGACUCGGCCGGGCACCGCGAACCCUCGGCGGGAUCCCCGGCGUCACUCGGGUCGCUGAAGAGCCGCAGGACCUCCGGCGUGUGGCGGCUGUAAACAGCUGCCGCCGCUUCUCUCCUCUCGCUCUCUCUCACACACGCCCCCUCCUCCUCCUCCUCCGCUCCCCUCCUCACCGCAAAUAUUGACAGAAGUAUCACAGAGAAAACAUGGCAGAAAUGGAAAAAGAGGGCAGACCUCCGGAAAAUAAAAGAAGCCGCAAGCCAGCGCACCCGGUAAAAAGGGAAAUAAAUGAAGAGAUGAAGAGUUUUGCAGAGAAUACCAUGAAUGAGUUGCUGGGUUGGUACGGCUACGACAAGGUGGAGCUAAGGGACGCCGAUAACCUGGAGAUUGGAGAGAUGCCGCAGCACAUCUCAGCACUCAAAGAAAACUCGUUGCCAAAAAUCCCAGGUUCGACAGAGAGCAGUGAAGGCUCUCCAGACAGAGCCAACAGCUCCCUGUCCUUGCCAAACUCAAGAAAUGGAGUCGCCGAGCCAUCCAGCACUCCAUCCACCUCCACGCCCAGCACCAAGGAGCAUGGAAACAUGCCAAUAGUGGUCCCUAUGAUCCCUCCACCGCUUAUCAAGCCCCCUGCAGCUGCCCAGGUGCCAGUAUUACCCCAUCAACUCUCAGAGGAAAUGUCAGCGCUCCGUGGCCUGACAGGGGGCUUCAUUAUCCCUCGUGUCUGCUGUGGACAGGAGGCUGAUACACUCCGACGGAGGGAGUGUGCCGCCUUGGCAGCGCCCAAGACGAGUCCCCACUGGCCCUGCCCAGGCAGGAAAACAGAUGAUGAAGACACAUUAAAUGUGCAGAUUAUGUGCGCUUGGUGCCAGAAGGUCGGCGUAAAACGCUAUUCUCUGAGCAUGGGGAGUGAACUGAAGAGCUUCUGCAGCGAGAAGUGCUUUGCUGCCUGUCGCAGAGCCUAUUUCAAGAGAAACAAGCUGGGAUAUAUAAGGACUUAUACAACGAGAGACGGCGGCGGCCUUGGAGGGAAAUUACCCCGGCACGUCUUUACUCAGGACGCUCCCCGGCUUGUCUUCAAGACAAACAGCGAUGUUCUUGUGUGUGACUGGUGCAAACAUAUUCGCCACACUAAGGAGUACCUGGACUUUGGCGCUGGUGAGCGCAGGCUGCAGUUCUGCAGUGCCAAAUGCCUAAACCAGUAUAAAAUGGACAUUUUCUACAAGGAAACCCAGGCUGCCCUGCCUGGAGCAUUGUGUAACCCUGGUCAUGGAGCUGGAGGGGAGGGAAAACCAGAGUGCAGUGGAGGGGUGCAGCUGCUGACUCCUGAAUCCUGGGGUACGCCACUAACAGAUCUUCGGCGUAAGGCUCCUUCACCAGGGAGCCAUUCUGGCACCUCUGCCUUGGUCUCCUCUACUUCUUCUGCCACCUCACCUUCAGAAACAGCGGCUGUGUGUUCCCCUUCCUCAUCCACUUCAACCAAAAUCCCCACACCUAGACCUCAUGAAAGCCCAACACUUCCCCCUCCACCUCUUCCUUUGCAUCCACCAGUGGGGGUUCCCUCUGGCAGCCCACCCAUGGUGAUGACACCCAGAGGACCUAUGCCCCUGCCUCUGUUCAUGGAACAUCAAAUGAUGCAGCAGAUCCGACCACCAUUUCUUCGCCCCUCUGCCCAUCCAGGGGGACCUAACAGCCCACUUUCAAACCCCAUAAUCCCUGGGAUUGGUCCACCUCCUCCCCCAAGAACCCUUGGUCCAGCAUCAAGUCCCAUGCACAGACCCCUCCUUUCUCCACACAUCCACCAUUCAUCCAAUCCUAAUCCAGGUAUGAUCCCUCCUCACCCUGGCCUACCUAUACCAGGUCUGCCCCCUUUUCCCCCUGUCAACAUGAUGCCCAACGGACCCAUCCAUUUGCCCCCAAUGAUGAACUUUGGCAUGCCAUCCUUAGCCCCAUUGGUACCCCCACCAACACUGUUGGUCCCUUACCCGGUCAUUGUACCUCUCCCAGUUCCAAUACCUAUUCCAAUCCCAAUCCCUUUUAACUCCAAGACUUCUAGGGACCAACCAGAGAGCAGUAGUUCUGUCCACAGUGCUCCAGAUUCUUCAGAAGCAUCAUCCUCUAGGGCUCACUCUCCAAGUUCUUCUGGAAGUGACAAAGGGGACCACAAGACAGAGCCAGCAGGUGGAGAACAGGUUUCUCCUGUACCUGGUGAGAGAAGCAGGACAGCGUUCAUGGACUUGACUGUGAAGGCAGAGGAUAAUCCAGGCAGUCUUUGUCUUUCCAGUGGCUCUGGACUGAUUGAUGGUGUAAUUGACCUAACUGUGGGCCAAAAGCCAGGCCAGCAGCACCUCAUUCAGACCAUGCUCGCUGGAGUCCAGGUCAAAGUGGAGGAAUCAAGAUCUCCACCAGCUGAUGGGUUUGGGAGGGAAUGUGUAGGUAGUAAUGCAGAGAACACUCUUUUACCACAGGGCAGUUUUACAGAACUGGAUACAGGCACACACCUUAAGUCAUUGGACUCUGCAGUGCAACCUUCCAGCAAAACUGAUCUUCCAGAGAGUCAAAUAAGUCCUAAUUUUAAACCAGCGCUCUUGCCUACAUCAGUACGGACCCAGUCCUUAGCCCUUCCUCAGCUUCAAGCUAACUCUGCUGCCCCUUGUAAUGUAAUAGUCAAUGGCACUGGAUGGCAUUCCCUUCUCAAUCCAGACCGAAAAGGAGAGAGGGAUGAGGGGAACCCGCCAAAGAAUGGUGAUCUGGAGCGCGAGGCGCUGAAAGAAAACAAUUGUUCGGUGGGUGAGGCAGGGAAACGAAUAUCAGCACAAGAUGAGAAAGUGGACACAAAAGUGGACAGUAAGCAAGACCCUGACUCCAGCAUGGAAGAGGGUGAACACGCCUAUGCCCUGCCACUUCUCUCAGCGGGAGGUUGUGUCGUCAUCCAGCCUGUGCCAAAGCCUGCCGCUGACAAGACAGCCAUCCUGUCCUGCUCCAUCAGUGCACCAUUGUCAGCAGGUGGGAGCCCUGAGCUGGAGCCGCCGCUGAAGAGGAGGUGUCUGCGAAUCCGCAAUCAAAACAAGUGAGAUGGAUGCUCUUAUGACCGCAGUGCCAUCAGCGACUCAUCUAUCUACCCCCAACCUCUAAAUCCCAUCACUCCAAGCUAUACCACUCCUCACGUUCACACACGCACAUGUAGGUUGUUGUCAUCUCACCAUCUACCAGCACUACUAAUCGCCUUUCGAGACUGACGAGAAUCCAAGAAAACUAAAUGACGUGUAUCAUAGCAGAGGAGACAGGGCUUCUCUUCUCUUUAUGACACUCUUUGAGGGCCGAAUUUUAUAUAUAAAAUUUUUUUUUGGCCAGCAGGACUUCUUGACCUUUAACCCAGAGACAGUAAAUUCUUGCAACAGGAGGAUUAUCAGAAGUCCACACCCCCGGUGGUUUUCUCAUUAUUUAAAGAUUCAGUCUGCACUUCCCCCCCUUCAACACAAGCUCUGGUUAUAUAUAUAUUUUUUUUACUAUGGAGCAUCCUGUGAUAUUCAGACGUAAGCGUGGAACCUGUGAAAAGCUUUGAAAUGAGAUGACACUAUAACCAAGGUACUAAAUGUUUGCUCUUGUAUUUUGUUUUAUCCUUUUUAAACUCACAUGUUUUGAAAUAUUGAUACAUGGAAACUAGAAACAAACAUCAGAACAGUUCAUGCAGCUAAUUUCUAAUGAGAGGAGUCAUACUCUUGAAUAUCUACACUUUCUGUUUGGUGGGAUAAAAACAUCAAAUUGAUUAAAUGGGGACAGUGUUAAUGUCACUAGCCAUCUGCUGUUCAGAUUUUUUCUCUACAUGCAUUAUAGCACAAAAAAGAAACAGAGUUAUCAAAAUUGACUUUCAUGAAUGUCAUAAAACCAAUGGGAUAGGCUAAUACUUGCUCAGAGGCUCUUCAUUUUGAGAACAUGUUAAGCCUUUCUGUGCUCCUAAAUUAAUCUGGAAAUGCGGUGUAGAAAAUCUGCCAACCUCAGCCUUGGAAAUUUGUGUUUAACGUCUUUAUUAACAGUGAUACUCGUGUUCACUUUUAUUGGUGUCAGACGAGGGAUAGCCCCUUUUAUAAAUCUCAAUCUUUAACUGUGAGGGAAAACUGUUAGAAAAAAAGAGAAAAAUUUUCACCCAUUUACCAUGUCUGUAAUCUUCGUAAAGUUAACAGAGUUACAAAGAAACUAUUUUGGAACAAAUUUGGAAAAAAAAACUGCUAUUGCUAUUGCAAUUUAAUCCUCUUCACAUUUUAUUAAAUUGCUAAUCAUUAGCUAAUAAUGUCUCAAUUGUCAGUUUGAAAUGAACAUGAAACAAGCCUUGAAGUAACUACUAAUAGAAAUGUAACAUUAGUAAUUGUCCCCUUUUGUUCCCAUCUACUUUAAAACGAAUAGGUUUAAUAAAUGCUUAGCUGUUUAAUAAUUUGUUCCUAUUAAGUAAUGACCAACUGUCCUUUAACAAUCACUUCCUAGUCAUUAAGUACUUGGCAUAAUUUCACUCAGAAAAACAUCACUAGCUAAAGGCCAAUUGCUUAGUUGCAAGUUUAUCUUUUUUCUCCGUUUCCCAUUUGAAAAUGAUCAUUAAUUUAUGUUUAUCAAAUCAGUGACUGUGUAGGAAUAAACCAAGAUUAUAUUUUGAUUAAAUUAAACUGACUAUUAAUAAAUCAUUAUUUAUUCAACUAAUCUCUGGCUAGUUGCUAAUGAUUCAUCAGUAGCAAUUAGAAACCGAAUGGGUAGGGCUAAUUAGCCACUGAUGCUAACUUUCAUAAUAUUCUAACUUAUUUCAGAUAGAAACAAAAAUAGUUUGUUCAUAAAUCAUUAACUAUUAGAAAAAUGAAAACAUGUGCCCUCAUUAUAUAAAGUCCAUCUGACUCAACAUUAACCAACUGACUAAAAUUCAAUCUUUCAAUGUUAAUAACCUAUUUAGCAAUGUUUCUUUUUUUUGUCCACAUAUCAUGUAAAAUUGACAAUUAACUUAUCCCUACCAAAUCAGUAGUUCGGUUAAAAAUAUCAACUUCACAUUUGAGUGUCAGUAAGUCAACUGUUAACAAAUGACUUUAAUUAUUAUGAAAAAUAGUUAUUAAACCAGAUAUGACCAUGUGUUAAAUCUAACUGCUAAUGUGUCACUAGCAAAAUGCUAGGGAGUAAAUUAGCCACUGAUGCUAACUGGUUCCUUUUUAUUAAUAAUAAUUUUGCUAUAAAUAUUACCAAUGAAGCCAUAAUUUUGCUGCAUAAUUUAAUUCAGACUCAACUAUUAAAAAUAUUUUGGCUAUAAAAUAUAUUUUGAAAAUAACUAACUGAGCACUAAUCACCAAGGUUAAUUUAUUCUUUAUUGGUCUGGGUAAAAUGUCUUAUUCAAAUCAAAAUCUGUUUUGAGGGAUACCUGCUCUUCAAAGCAGCAGGACUUACAAUAAAAUACAUAUCAAUAACACAACAAUUGCUAAACAUAUAAGACUAAAGAAAUACAUCAGAUAUUAAGAAUAAACAUGUGAACAUUUACUUUACUAACUAUCAUACAAACAGUUUCUGAUUAAUAACUGAUUUGUUUCUAUAUAACUGAACACAGUUUUAGGACUGUUGUAAAAUGUUUCCUCUACAGUCCAUACUAAAUUACCUAAUGUUGUUUAGCCAACAUUUUUUAGCUUAAAUUUUUAAUUGUAAAGCAAUUUAGUCCUUUGUGUGUUUGACCUGCCCCCCCAUCCAGAUCGACUUGCAUUCAGUCAGAUGAAGCCAGAAGUCAGUCUGCAUUUCAGUGGUGAGAUGCACUGAACUCUGGUGUUCAGAGACAAAACAUGGAACCUACUGUAGUUUUUGUUUGUAAAGUCAUCUUUCUGAUGUUAGACCUAGUAACUAAUAGUUGGCUAUUAAAACUACUUAUGCGAAGAAAAACUAGGCACACCAUAAAUUAAGAAUGGUUUUAAACACCACAUUACUUUUAAAAUGGUACUUACAGUCAACAAAGAUAAAAAAGAGUAUCCAAUGCACUAACUUGGCAAUCCCACUUUUUUUUUUUUGUCUUGUAGUAGCAUACAUUUUAUUCACUGUUGAGUUGUACCUAAAAGAGACCCAACAUUUGCUCUUAGCUCACACAUACAGCGUAUGCAAACUCAUGUCUGACAGGCUUCAUAAAUGUAACCAUGUACAAGUUUGUGAGGCGGUUGCAAACAGAAACUCCGGCUGAGAUUACACUGCAUGUAACUGUAUCUGUGAGCUGUGAGGUGGGCAUUUAGGUUUAACCUACUGUCUGCCUCAGGUCAGUGUCAGUCCUUGCAAAGCUUCUGCUCUAUUUUCUGCAAGCAACAGAGAGGGAACAAAUACAGUGUUUAAGUUUCCUAUUUUCCUGUUUUGCAUAGAACUCUAAAAAUCAAAGUCAGAGGAAGAAAUUGUUCUUAAUCAGCUGCUCAAAUGCACAUCGUCAGCAAACAGAAUAUAACAUUAAUUUGGAGUUUUUACUUCCAAACAAGUGACAUAUGAAUUUAAGUGAACUCUGUAAAAACACAAAGUGUCAAACAUUUCUGAAAGAGGCCAAUUUUCUUAAUGCAAUUGUCACUGCAAAGUAAUUU